GCUUGGUGUUUUCGGUGCGGCCACCCGAGAGAGAGGAAGUGAAUAAUUUAAAUGUCUCCGAUAGAGAAAAAAAGAAGGAAGGACACGACCGGGGGUAUUAUUUUAUGCGUCUUUUAUUUAUUUUGUCUUAUCAGUUCUCAGUCGAGGCUUUGUUUAUUAACGAGGAGUGUUUAAAGGAGGUAACCGGUUUCUGUAUUGUGGGAAUAAUAAGUCGUAUUUCAAAAAACAAACAGAGGGUUGUGUUGGUUCCUUAUACGAGUCGAGCGGAUGGCAAGAUGGCAACAACAAAAGGACUGAGCACAGAAGAGACAGACACAACAAACAGCGCCACGUUAUCCACAAUGGCAGCAUCUUUAGCUUUAAACAGCAGGGUUUACUCGCUGGAAGACUUCGAUACAGUGGCCACUGUCGGCACGGGGACGUUUGGCAGGGUUUUCCUGGUCAAGGACAAGAUAACAAGGGGUUUCUUCGCUCUCAAAGCCAUGAAGAUUCCAGACGUCAUCCGGUUAAAACAGGAGCAGCACGUCCAUAACGAGAAGGAGGUUCUGACGGAGGUCAACCAUCCCUUCCUCAUCAGGCUGUUUUGGACGCACCACGACGAGCGCCUCCUGUACAUGCUGCUGGACUACGUGCCAGGCGGCGAGCUGUUCAGCUACCUGCGCAACCGCGGUCGCUUCAGCAACAACACAGGACUCUUCUACUCGGCAGAGAUAGUGUGCGCCAUCGAGUACCUGCACGCCAGAGAGAUCGUCUACAGAGACCUGAAGCCUGAGAACAUCCUGCUGGACAGAGAAGGCCACAUACGCCUCACUGACUUCGGCUUCGCAAAGAAGCUCUCGGAUCGAACGUGGACACUGUGCGGGACGCCCGAGUAUUUAGCUCCAGAGGUGAUUCAGAGUAAGGGUCAUGGCCGGGCCGUGGACUGGUGGGCUCUGGGGGUUCUCAUUUUCGAAAUGCUUUCUGGGUACCCACCGUUUUUUGACGACAAUCCCUUUGGCAUCUAUCAGAAGAUCCUGGCAGGAAAGCUGGAGUUUCCUCGGCAUCUGGAUUUCUAUGUAAAAGACCUCAUCAAGAAGUUUCUGGUGAUUGACCGAGCAAGAAGACUUGGGAACAUGAAGAAUGGAGCAGACGACGUGAAAAAGCACAGGUGGUUCAAGACUAUAGAUUGGGAUGCAGUGCCUAAUAGAAAACUAAAGCCCCCCAUAAUCCCCAAGGUCUCUCACGAAGGCGACACGUCUAACUUUGAAGCCUACCCUGAGGACGAGUGGAAAAAAGAGACUCCAGUGUCACCAAAAGAUCUAGAGAUUUUCAAGAACUUUUGAGAAUGGGAGAAAAAAAGGGUGAAAAUCUUCCCACCAUUGGUGCAAUGUGUCUGUUUUUGCUGCCGGUGGCCAGCCUUAGGCCGCUCCUUUGUCAAAUCUUGAUUGACAACGUAGAGAGCAAAUAGCCAUCAUGUUUACCAUCGUCAUUGACCUCAAGAUCAAGUGUGGAGAGAAGGAAGUGCUAUUUAUUUCUGUUUCUCUGAGCCUACUUUUCUUAUGCAAAAAAACUAAACAAAAAAACAAACAAACAAAAAAAAAAACACCAAAACUGAGGUCUCUAAGCCAAGGACACAGUCGAAGCCAGUAGUCUGAUACAGUUUACGUCAACAUGAGCCAUUGGAAACAAUGACUUGCAGACAUUCGGUUUGUGGCUAUAAAAUUGUGUGAAAUGGAAAGCAAGAAAACCCAAAGUGUUACUCUUUAAAAUGUGUUUUCAAUCUAUAUGUCAGUCAGUUUAUUGUACAUCCAACAUUUGCUUUUGACUACAAGUAAUAAGACAAAUAUGAUGUCAUAAAAAAGGGAUGCAUCAACAAUAAUUUUUUGUUAAGCAGGCCAAGUACAACUUUUAUCCUUAGUGCUUGUUUAUCACGAUCCUGAUACUGAAACGAGUAACCUACAAGUAUUAAUCAAUCAGGGACAUUUCAUUUAGCUUGGUUUUAUUUCCUUCAGAUGAAACAGUGUGGAAAAAACAACUCGUAUUUGUGAUUUGUCUUUUAGCUAGAGGCAACUAUUAGCUAGAUUCAGUAAUUUUAGGUUAGCGAUUCAUGUAUCAGCACACAGUUUCCAAAAUAGUUUUUUUUUUUUUUAACAUGUAUAUGUUUGCAUUUUAAAUAGUAAAUUGUUCCCGUUCUAAACUAUUCACACAUUAGCACUAACAACAGCAUUUACUGUUGUAAAAGCAAGUGAUAUAAAGAAUUCUGUUGAAUCAGGACAUUUACAAAAUCAUGAUACUUACAGAAUCGCAGUUUAAAUCGGAUCAGCACCUAGGUGUCGUGAUAUAAGCUGUGUCGCUGGUAAUUCCUUUCCCUAUGAAAAACCUUGGAUUGUUUGGAGUUUUGUUUCAGCCCUGAAAUACACGUCUCUAAAGUUGUACGCAAGUUUUCUUUAAUGUCAAAAUCCGUUGAUUGCCAAGUACCAAUACUGGCUGGUUUUCAAGAAGAGUAAACUUUAAUAAGAGGUGAGAUUUUUAAACCUCUAGUGUGAGUUUUAUAUAUGUACUGUAUAUGUGUGUAUGUGUGUUUGUUAGUUUUUUUCUUAGGAGGAUGUUUUAGUUUUCUGCUUCAGUUAUUUUUACAGUCUGUGUUGCUUGGAUUACUAUAGUUGUUUGUGAAACGCAUAGAGUGGGGUCUGUUCAGUAAUUUAGCAACUAGGUUUAUGUCACUUAGCCUUUUUUUUUUUUUUAUGAGUGGAAUUAAAUAAGCAGAGUAUCUGACUAAGAUCAGAAUCUGGAUCGAUGCGUUCCUAUCAUAAACUUUACCAAACUUUUGUCAAAGAUUUGACGAUUUUAACUUGACAUGGUGCUUUCUGACUUUUAACUGGUAGCCUUUGUUUUUAUUGAGGUUUGAAACCCUUAUGUAAUGUCCUUAUUUUCCUCUUAUGAAGCUUUGUCCUCAUGAUCUCUUGUUAAUAAGUGCAUGUAUUUAAGUCAACAUUUAGCACAUGCCUAAGGUGGCCUUAUAUUAGGAUGAGGAAAUUGAAAUCAAUUUUUUUCCCUUUUUUUUGACCAAAACUAAACAACUGUUACUAAAACGUUGAGUUUGAAGCUACUGGUGCAGUCAAAUCUUUUUUUUACUCUGAAAUCUAAAAACUGUGUAGAGACAUGAGACUUCAGGUUACUGUAAAGUUAUGAGUUAAUGUGUGAGUGUAUGCGUGUGUGUGUGUGUGUGUGUGUGUCCAGAUCAAGUUCUUCCUCUCCUUCAUUUUUCUUCAUCAUCUUAGGACUUUCACACUAUUCGUAUUAGGACUUCACUAUUUAUAUACUGUUUGAUUUGGGGCAUAAAAAACACAUCAACCCACCCCAAUUAGAAAAUACAUUACAGGUUUAAUGCUGUCUUUUGCGAUGUGGUAAAUGGUGAAACUAAAUAAGUAAGUGCAAUAAAUGUGCAGAAGUGUGAGUCUGUAUAAUAUUAGUGUUUUAUUUUUAAGACAUACCAAUCCAUAAAAUGUAUGAGAUGGCUUUGGUUCUGAAACCGAGCGCGCACAGCAUGGUACGGAAACUCGUUACAGAUUAACAGUUGCCGGAGGAUGUGAUGACUACUGCAGCGUCAGUAGCAUCCAGAAAUAAAUCUCAAGUUGGCAUUCAUGACCGAUCUGGCUCAAAAAGCCUAACAGGAUUGGAUACUGAUGUACAGCCUAUGGCUCAGAAAGAAAAUUAGGACAGUGAGGUUUAAAAAAAAAAAAUUACUUCAUGCAAAAUGAUCUUAACAGUCCCUUACACACAAAAAAAAAAUUAUAUAUAUAUAUAUCAGUCUUAAGCAUUUGUACAUUUAUCUGGCAUCUUUUUUUACCACUGGCAUAACUAGUUAACAUUGAAGCAACUAGUAUUAUACUACGACGGGCAUUCUAGUCAAACUGGAACUUUAAAUUACAGGUAGUCCCCGACUUAUGAACAAUCAAGUUCCAUUCCAGGAGCACGUUCAUAAGUCUGAUUUGUUCUUGAGUCCGACAAAGUGAGUCUUAAACACCUUAGACAGAAGACUCACUCGAAUAUACCAUGUACAUGGUAUAUUCUUGACCACUUGACUAAAUCUCUGUCCCCAUUCCCCACACUGCUAUCGUGUUGCCAAAAACCAUGAUCGCGCCUAAGGAAAUUAGUCUCACACAAAUGUAACAGUGUUGUCUCUGCGCCUUUAAAUCUGGAGGGGAUUUUGUCUCAGAGCUGUUUUGUUAAAGUUUUUUUUUUUUCUCGGAUUAUUCACCAUAAGGACAGCUUUACAGGACAGGCAUUUUGUAUCAUCGUGCUCCCGGACGCACAUACAAUAUACCAGACUUUUGAACGUUUAAUACAUUCAUAUAUACCCUGAAAAUAUUGUAUACAAUUGUAAAAAUUGGUAUCUGGUUCACUGCAGUGUCUAUUUCUUGCACAAUAAAGGUGAGCUACUUCUGUGAUUGAACCAGAAGUAGAACCAUAGUUUGUAUCUGGGAAAUUCGUAACUCAGAUGUUCAUAAGUCGGGGACUACCCGUAUACAAAAAUAAUAGAACACAGUUAUAAAAGUAAAUCCUCCCUUUAUUUAUCCCUUUUACUCUAAUGCACUUAUCCCUUCGUCCUAGUCUCCCAGGAACUCCUUUAACAGCCCAAACGUGGAAAUGGCUUGGAGCGAGGUCAGGACUGUAUGGAGGAUGUGGCAAAACCUCCCAGUCGAGUUCCUGUAAUGUGUAAGUGGUGCUGGUGAAUGACUGUGUGUACAGUUCCCACAGACAGAUGCGUCUCUUCCGCAAGUUUGUGGCUUAUUAUCCGUCGUAAGGCAUACCACUCACUGAUUGUUCACGGGAAUGACUGCAAUGGGCAGCAGGAUGGUCACAUGACAAAUACAGCUUUCUUUAAAAUGUUGGCACCGUUCAAAUAUUUCACUGCGGCUAAGAUUCUCAUCACCGUACUGUGCUUAAAGUCGGCAAACUUUUUUUUUUUUUCGCCUUCAUUGACAAGGCCUAGUUUGACUUGAACUCCCCUUGUGGUUAACUAGUCGAAGCUGCCUAUACUACAAAACCAGUCAAAAGCUUGAACAAAACUGCUUAAUAUUUGAAUUUUUCAAAGAAAUCUUCCUAAUGAAGCUUUACACAGUCUUGGCAUUCUUCUCAAUCAGCUUCAUGAGGAAUUUCCCUUCACACGGGAAAUAUUUAAUUUAAAAACAACUUUAAGUCAAAGCUCCUUAUUAAACUUAUAUUUAAUUCUAACAAACGUAUACACGUGCUAACUAAUUAGAAAUGCUUUGAAAUGCUUUGAGGACUGAUGUGAACAAUAUUUAUCCCAUGGCACGCGUCCUGACGUUUGAAUGGCGGUGUGUGUACAGGGUACAUUCAUCAUGAAACUUGACUACAGUGAUGAGGAAAAAUAUACACACAGGACACAUCAGAGAACAUGACAGCUGGAUCUUCCACUACAUAUCAAGCUAAUCCACUGCAGGAAGAUUUGACACUCAUAACUAUGGCAACUCAUAAAUAUUAUGUCCAAUCCCUGGAAAGAAAAUAAAUCCUUAAUUGUUGCAUAAAGUCGCCAAGCAUGGAGCUCUGAGCUCUCUGAGAGUCACCUUGUGUUGUUUAUUUAUAUGACCUCUGGAUUUUAAUAUUCAACUUUUUUUUAUGUUUUAUGAGUAAAAAAGGAGGGAAAUAAAUGUACAUAUUUGGUUGCUGCACAUCAGUAAAUUUGUAUUUCUACUGCACUGUCUGUUGCAUGUCUUAGACAAUGUUACUGAUUUUUAUAUAUAUAAAUAUAUAAAACAUCUACAGUUCUAAGCGUUUUACCUCUUGAUGUUUUUUGCUACAGUAAAAACCAGAAUGAUGUUUAAGCUCUAUGAACUUAAAUAUUGCUUCGAAUAAAACAUAGGAAAACUUUUAUACAGAUUUUUGAUUUGAUUUAUACUGAUUUUUGAUAAUAAUCUGUACUUAAGUCGGUCUGUAUUUGAUUACCUUUUUUUUUUUAAACAAUGUAUUUAAAGUGGUGCAAGUGCAGUGUUACCUCCUGUUGUAAAAAAGCUAAAAAUCCAUCCAGAAAAGAAUAAAACGUUGA